CGCUACAGAGCCAAGGGAAGUGAAAGGAAGACCCUUAUCUUGUCGACCACUGCAUGCGAUAAGCAGUUCACCCCACCAUGACAGCCCACACCGAGGUGAGUUGCAUGGUCUGUGCAUAACACCUUUGGCUUCCCGUUGCCGGCCGGCGCGCGCGCGUCAGUUUCCAAUUCCAUCAUUGUCCCGAACCACGCCGACUUGUCCGAUUUUACUUUCUGCAACCUUAACUUCAAGUCCAGAACCACUCCGGUGCCGAUCCCUUUGCUGCGCGACAUCCGUAUCCUUGCUCUGAGAGACAGGGCGCACCCAACCAUCAACGACUUCCAUAUCUUGCCUCGAUUCGACCGUUGCCGAAAUACCUACUAGAAACCGUCAUCCGAGUCAAGAUACAACAAAACAUACAAAGGAAACAGUCGGGAUGGCGCAAGCUGGCAGCGAAAACAAGGAGCCAUGGAACGAGGAGACCAGGGCCAAGUUUGAAGGAAAGAGCCGAAGCGAAUACCUUGAUCCGUGCCAGGAGGCCGCUCAGCGGAGUAUACGGUGUCUGCACCGCAACCAAGGAGACCGAACCAUGUGCUCGGACUACUUUGAGGCGUACAGGGAAUGCAAGAAGCAAUGGAUCGAAAGGAGGCGGGAACAGAAGAGGAAAGCGGGUGCGCUCUUCUGAGCUACCGGACUUUUCAAUGGAAGGAUAUAAUCUGAGCAACCACGGCUACAAGGAAGAAAAAGAAAUCUGAGCAACAGGAGGAAGAUCAACGUGGGCAACAUUGCUUUUUGCGCUUGUAUAAAUAGUCUUUGUAAAGCACUUGCAUGGGUAGGCGUUUAGGUUACGGAAGACGCGGAGUACCUGUUUGAUCGUUCAUCAAACGAGGACAGGGAGGGAAUAGAGAAAAAAAAUGGGUGAUAUGGUGACCGUAGAAAGGGGGCAAAAGAAAUGGUCAAGUAAAACAUCAACUAAGCAAGCCGAAGUGAAGAUGGUCAAGUAGUGUAUAUAUGAUAUAAACCUAUCUGUAUAUAUUGACGGUGAGGCCCGAGCCACUCAGCUCGGUCACGGCGGGGUCCCCGGUCUCGAUCGAUCACUGUACAUCAGGUACUUCUACUUGUAAAGUACACAGGAG